CGCUUCCGGUCCGUGUGGUUGACGCUCUGGCGCGGGUGGCGGUCUGGAGAUCAGAGUUGGCGCGGUCUGUGGUCCAUCUAUUUGCGAAUCGGCCUCCUUUUCCAGGAUCAUGGCUACUGACUCCUGGGCCCUGGCUGUGGACGAGCAGGAAGCGGCUGUCAAGUCGAUAAGUAAUUUGCAGAUCACGGAAGAAAAGGUCAAACCAGAUACCAAUGGUGUUAUCAAGACCAGUACUGCAGGAGAGAAAGCAAAUGAAGAGGAGAAAGAGGACAGAGCUACUCAGUCCUUACUCAAUAAGUUGAUCAGAAGUAACCUUGUGGACAACACAAACCAAGUGGAAGUCCGGCAGCGGGAUCCGAACUCUCCUCUCUACUCAGUGAAGUCCUUUGAGGAGCUUCGGCUGAAACCACAGCUUCUCCAGGGAGUUUAUGCCAUGGGCUUCAAUCGACCAUCCAAGAUACAAGAGAAUGCAUUGCCCAUGAUGCUUGCAGAGCCCCCACAGAACUUGAUUGCCCAGUCUCAGUCAGGUACUGGUAAAACAGCUGCUUUCGUUCUGGCCAUGCUUAGCAGAGUGGAGCCAGCAGAGAGAUAUCCGCAGUGUCUGUGUCUUUCCCCAACAUAUGAACUGGCACUUCAGACAGGAAAAGUGAUUGAGCAGAUGGGCAAAUAUCAUCCAGAACUGAAGCUUGCUUAUGCUGUUCGAGGCAAUAAAUUGGAAAGAGGUCAGAAGAUCAGUGAACAAAUUGUCAUUGGCACCCCUGGGACUGUCCUGGACUGGUGCUCUAAACUCAGGUUCAUUGAUCCCAAGAAGAUCAAAGUGUUUGUUCUGGAUGAGGCUGAUGUGAUGAUAGCUACUCAAGGCCACCAAGACCAAAGCAUCCGCAUCCAGAGGAUGCUUCCCAGGAACUGCCAGAUGCUGCUUUUCUCUGCCACCUUUGAAGAGUCUGUCUGGAAAUUUGCCCAGAGGGUGGUCCCAGAACCAAACAUUAUCAAACUGAAGCGUGGGGAGGAGACAUUGGACACCAUCAAACAAUAUUAUGUCGUGUGCAAUAACAAAGAGGAGAAAUUUCAGGCCUUGAGUAACCUCUAUGGGGCCAUCACCAUUGCUCAAGCUAUGAUCUUCUGCCAUACCCGCAAAACAGCUAGUUGGCUGGCAGCAGAGCUCUCUAAAGAAGGCCACCAGGUAGCUUUGCUGAGUGGUGAAAUGAUGGUGGAGCAGAGAGCUGCAGUGAUUGAGCGCUUCCGAGAGGGCAAAGAGAAGGUUCUGGUGACCACCAAUGUGUGUGCCCGAGGUAUCGAUGUUGAGCAGGUGUCCAUCGUCAUUAACUUUGACCUCCCCGUGGACAAGGAUGGGAAUCCAGACAAUGAGACCUACCUACACCGGAUUGGACGCACUGGCCGCUUUGGCAAGAGGGGCCUGGCAGUGAACAUGGUUGACAGCAAGCACAGCAUGAACAUCCUGAACAGAAUCCAGGAGCAUUUUGAUAAGAAAAUAGAAAGAUUGGACACAGAUGAUUUGGAUGAGAUUGAGAAAAUUGCCAACUGAGAAGCCCCACCAAUCACUGGUGCCCACUCUUGGCACUAACCCUGCACGGGAGACAAGUGCUUUCAUGGGCCUCUCACAGGCUUUGCCCGUCAUCACAAAGACAAAGGCUAAAGUAGAGAGAAACUACCUACCUCAUUUAAAAUUACAUUUGGACUUGACAAAAAAUUGUGCAGAUGAUAGAAAAAGCAAAAGAAAAAUUAAUUCAUUUUGGAAUUUUUGAUCCUUUUUAAGCCACACUUUUCUCCAUCUUUGUAACAAUUUAGUCACUGGCUCCUGGACCCCUUGGCUGUUUUUGGCUAAUAAGGGUGUUGGGACCCAUCUCUUAUCCUGAAGAAUUGGUAGAGGUAGAGAAUGUAGUGUGAGAGAAGCCUGGCUGCAUGGAAUGUGUGGAGAAGAAGUAAGAGGCCUGUGAGCUACCCUCUGUCUCUUUACUGAGACCUAUUAUGAAUGUCUCCUCCCCAUUGGGGGCCAUCAUCCUUCUAAAAUUUAAGACAUCUGGAAACCUUUUUUUUUACCUCUGUUUUAUGUACCAGAGGAUUUCCGUUUCUCACUGAGUGAACAUAAGAUGUGGAGAGAAACAUGGAAGUCAGAGAGUCCUGGAUCUUGUGAUUGGUCUGUCCAGAGUGAAUGAGUCCUUGAAAGAUUGGUACUUCCUUGAAGUGGCUGUCCACUCAGACACUGGUAAUCAGCUUCAGGAGACAAACCAGGCAAUUUUCUGACUGGCUCAGUGAACUGGUUCUUUUAAUCCAUGGCUGUCUCACUCUUUAUGCCUAGUGUGGAGCAGCAGCUUGGAAAGGUAGUUAUGACCAAGUGGUAACUCUGAUUUUGCUAUUCAUUCAAAAUAGAAAACCUGUUGGUUACUUUCAUUCAUACAUUAUCUGUAUGAAUGACAGGUAAAUUAGAAGUGUAUCAUCCAUUAUGUUAAGAAAUUUUAAAGUAAUUAUGAAACGCUUUACUAAUCAUGCUUUGGUUUUAUUUGUAUUUUUCUGCUUAUUUGACUAAUAAUGUGCUCAUUAAAAAUAUGUGUGUAUCCAUAAA